UACAGGUAGACGUGGUUAGAUUCGGAAGAAUCAUAUUACCUCAUCACGAAAUAUCUGGCAUAAACAUUUGACCCGAAGUCACAGAUUGUGUAACCAAAAUCGUAAAGUAGCAAGUUAGAUAUUCUUUUCUAGAUUCUAUUUAAAUGGCCAUCCAAAUUACAAAGGAACCGCUGUAAAAUUACUUUCAUGUGGGACUAGCCAUCAAGACAGCUGAAGUCCACAAUUUUAUUGUAUUCCUCUUUCUUUCGCUUCCAAUUGUUCCGCAGAUUGCAAUGAUAAAUUUUUUCAUUUUAAGAGUAACGAUUUUUCUAGCUCUGAUCUAGAUAAAUAUAUAUACUACAUACUAUAUAUGAAUUAAUACCUAUACAACUCUGGCCAUUUCCGCAUUUUCCAUUGUUCUGGUAGGAAGCGGCGUUUUUUUGGAAUCCGCCCAAGAUAAAGGAUUCAGCAGACUGAUUACCUGCAAGGAAACUAUCACAGAAGAACUGUAUCACCAUAUCAAGAACCACAUAGACCAAAAGACCGAAUAUGUCCAAUAGCCUUAGCUGUAGCAUCUUUUAUAGUUAUAAUAGUAGUUUUAACAGUGGCAGGCCUAGCUCUGUACAUGGGUGCUCUUCACUCCGAAUUCCCUAGCCCUUUAGUCACAUUCAGUUGUAGUAUAAAGGUUCUCCGUGGAGAUCGAUUUGUUGGGGCUUUACAAGACAAAGCUCGCAGAUAUGGUGUGCAAUUAAAGACACUCUAUAAAAGAAGUGUUCUUGGACCGGCUUUAGUAGAGUGCACCGUAGAUAAAUUUGGCGAAGACACUUACACCAUAUUCUUCACAUUAACUUUCGAGAGAAAACGUUUACCAAGAUCUUCUACUUCAUUAGAAAAAUUGAUUGGUGAUGCAAUUAUUGCUGAUUUAAUAUCUAAAAAACCAAUCUUCAAAAACAUUCGCUUUGCAUCAGGUAGUCUCCGUAUCCAAGAAAUCAGUCAGGCAGUGCCUCAUUCCACAAAAAUUGCUACACAUAAUGAGACAAGAAAAAAAAGUGGAGUAGUUCUAAAAACCCCAGUAUUGAAAAAUAUAUCACUUGCCAUCGGAACAAAUCCAAAGAAAAAAUCUUCAAUGGAAACAAAGAAAGCAUCAUCUGUCCAAGGAUCAUUCAAAAUAAGUAAAACCGAAGCUGAUAUAACUGAGAAACAGGACAUUACUACUAGUAAAACCAUACGUUUGAAAGUAACAACACAAGGACCCAAGCUGACACCCCCAACAAAACUAAAUAAAAUAACACCUACCGAAGAUAUGAGAACAACCGAUAAAAUAAAUAAAACUAUUUUAGAAACAAGCAGUAUCACGCCAAGAACUUUGAAGAUAACUACAACUCCACCACAACCUGAAUUCAUAAAUCUUCGAUUAUCCACUGAGAACAGUGUAACAGAAGAAACACAUUUGCCCUUCAAUUCGGAUAUCUUUGAUAAAGAACCUUGGUUGCCCUUGUAUGUCAACCACUCUGAGAACACAGGCCGCAUACCUAAUUAUAAUGAGCUCAAAACUAAAGUGGAUCCUAAUGAAGAUGUGGAACAUCCAAUCUACACAAGUUUCACAAAUCCUAGUCUGACUAUUUUUCAAGAAAAAACCAAUUCACUAGGAGUAACCAAUCUCAAAGGGCAUCCUAUUCCUGUUAAUAAAAUUGUGGGCAUGACUGAGCCAAACAAUGUCUCUUCAAGUUAUUCUCACGAGCCUCCGCCGGUAAUUCCAAAACGAAAAAGCCCGAUAACAGAGCAACAACCAUUUGGAGUAGAUGCCAAACCUACAUACAUUUCAAAUGCAAUGAUUCCUAAAAGGCAUGACAAGAUAAAAAAUAUUUCUGCGAUAUUUCACGAUUUGGUUUCAUUCAUUGGAAAUUAUGAUAUCAAGAAAGUUAGUCAACCACCCCCUAAAGGUGAAAUUGGUGUGAAUCAUGACAUGGUUGACGAUAAUGAAGAUAUAAACUUUGGGCAAGGUCAAGUUGAAGUCGUAGAAAGCGACGAAGAAACUUUAAUGAAAGCCACGACUAAGAUUCCUCUUGUAACUCUUUUACCUGUGAAAUCGAACUCUGGGAUUGGAAAACCAUUACGAAGGAGACCAUUUAGAAGAAAUUCCACUGAGCUAGAUGAAAAUAGGAGAAGUUUUGGGGAUAUUACUCCAUUAGGCAAUAUAGAUAUCCAAGCAGAAGCUACUGGUAAGAUGGCUAAUAGCCCUUCAGAAGAUUUCAAAAUAAUAAGCAUGCUCAACUUUGCACCGGAAAUAGACGAUAGCUUCACAUCAGAACAAAUGAGGAAGGCAAAAAUGGAAUCUUCAACCAAUCAACUUCCAACUGAAGAACAGUUUGAGGGUGAGCUAAUUGACCAUACGUUCAAUUUAACCAAAACUGAAGGCUAUCAGCCUAAUCUAUUGACACCAGAAAAAAUCAAACUCCUCUCUGUAAUAAGCAAGAUUAACAAUAUGAAUGGUUCACAAAAUGCACAAGAAUCUGUUAUAUCUACAAAAGCUGUGAGACCUGUAUAUAAUGUGAAUAAUUUUGGUUUCAAAAUACUUAGUAAGUAUCUGAAUAGAGUUUUGGUGGAUAUGAAACAGGAACCAAACAAUCACACAAUACAGAACUGUAGCAAAGAUCACUUUGUUUGUGGGGACGGUAAAUGCCUCAUCAAGAGUGUUAGAUGUAAUCACCUGAAAGAAUGUUCUGAUGGGUCGGACGAGAAAAACUGUACCUGUGCUGAUUAUUUACGAAGUCAAUACUUGAGUAAGAAAAUAUGUGAUGGUAUAAUCGAUUGCUGGGAUUUCUCGGAUGAAAAUAACUGUGAAUGGUGCCAUCCAGGACAGUACAUAUGCUCAAACAGCAAAGCUUGUGUAGACAAAAAUAAAAUUUGUGAUGGAGUUAAGGACUGUCUUGAAGGUGAUGACGAAAGACAAUGUGUUGGUAUAGGGCAAGAUUUGAAAGAUGCAGAGAAAUGUCUCUAUCAUAACGAAGGGUACUUAAUGAUAAGAAAAUUUGGUGAAUGGGGUAAACUUUGCACUGACAACUUGAAAAAUGUGUCCGGAGAAAAUACAACCGUUUCAUUAAAUAAUAUUAGUCAAUUAGGAAGGCAGUUCUGUUCUGCUUUAACCUACAGGAACGUCUCUUCUGUUCAUACGCUUGUAGAAGAAAACAACAAAGAUGAAGACAGAUUUUACGAGCUAGUAAAUAUUGCCAAGAAAGACAACGAAAGUUCUUGGAUGUUUUCAGACAGCACCUGUCCCCAAAAGAAUAUUAUGAGAAUUAGUUGUGAGUCCUUGGAAUGUGGUUUUCGUCCUAGAAUUGUUCGAUACAGAGCGAGGAUCGUAGGGGGCAAGAAUGCAGGCAUGGGUUCUUGGCCUUGGCAAGCAGCAUUAUACAAAGAAGGAGAAUUCCAGUGUGGAGGUUCCUUAAUUUCCGAUAAAUGGUUGAUAUCAGCGGGUCACUGUUUCUAUAAAUCGCAAGAUGAGUAUUGGGUAGCUCGAUUAGGUGCGCUUCGAAGAAGUACAGCCUUGCCAACCCCUUAUGAGCAAAUACAUCCGGUUCAAAAAAUCUUCAUCCACCCAGAAUAUGAAAACAAUGGAUUCGUUAACGAUAUUGCUUUGCUGAAACUCAAAAAAUCAGUAACAUUCAGUGAUUAUGUAAGACCAGUAUGCCUUCCGAAAGAAGGCGAGUCUCUGGAAGAUGAGGUUCAGUGUACCAUCUUGGGUUGGGGACAAUUAUCAGAAGUAGGAAGGAUCUUCCCUGAUACUCUGCAAGAGGUACAGGUUCCUGUUAUUUCAACAGAGGAGUGCAAAAAGAGAACGAUAUUUCUUCCUUUAUAUAAUAUAACAGAAGAAAUGUUUUGCGCCGGUUAUGAUAGGGGUGGACGAGAUGCUUGCUUGGGCGAUUCCGGUGGACCAUUUAUAUGCCCCGAAGAAAACGGAAGAUGGGUAAUACACGGAAUCACCAGUAAUGGCUAUGGUUGUGCAAGAGCGAAUAGACCAGGAGUAUAUACUAAAGUUUCUAGUUAUAUGAAAUGGAUUGAAGGAUUUUUAAAUCUGGAAGAUUCAAAUCCAAUAACUACAGCCAUAGAAAAGAAGGACAACAGAUGCUCUGGAUAUCGAUGUCCCUUAGGACAAUGCCUUCCACAUAGCCAAGUUUGCAAUGGGUUUACCGAGUGUAGUGAUGGCAGUGACGAAAUUGAUUGUUAGGAAAUUUUCCAUCUACCAAUGUGACCGUCAUUUUCGGUAGCAAUCAGAAAAUACAUUUUACUGUAACUAAACCACUAAGGAUUACUCAAUUGGCGUUAAUGCAUGUCCGGACUUAGUUACGUGAUAAUGUACCAAUCUAAAGUGUUCAGAUUGGUCCAUUGAUCUAAUAACCAUUCUUAUCCGCUCAAUUACCGAUAUGUAUAAUAACCGAUCACUCCUAAUGGCGAUAAUUCACAUGUAUGUUGAAACAGUAAGAUGUAUAAUUUUGAUUAUCCAUCAAACUCCUGUCUCAAGCCUUUGUUACAUUUCAUAAAUUAGUUGUAAAACAUUUAAUUGUGGCAAAGCUGUUACAACAGCAAAGUUGCAAGUAUACCGAAAACUUGUAACUGAAGACACGUUGUUUAUACUUCAAGCCAAUAUAUAACAAAAAAAAUGUCGCUGGUUCAGUGAAUGUUGCUUUCCAAAAUUAUUUAUUUGAUAGUUGUGGUGUGGUGGGGGUAAUGUUGAACGCAACAUACAUGGAACCAUCCAUAUUACAUUAACAAAAAUGUGAUGAUAUAAAGUCUAAAUAAAUACAUCCGGCCGUA